UGGGGCGGGCCAGGAGCAAGGAGAGGCCUUCCUCCUUUUGUGCUCCCCCCGCCCCCCAGCCCUAUAAAUAGGCCCAGCCCAGGCUGUGGCUCAGCCCUCAGAGGGAGUUGAGCACCGGGCAGCGAGCGGUCUCCAGCCAAGCCCCCUGCCAGCAUGGCCAGUGAGUUCAAGAAGAAGAUCUUCUGGAGGGCGGUGGUGGCCGAGUUCCUGGCCAUGACCCUCUUCGUCUUCAUCAGCAUCGGUUCUGCCCUGGGCUUCAAUUACCCAGUGGGGGGGAACCAGACAGCAGUCCAGGACAACGUGAAGGUGUCAUUGGCCUUUGGGUUGAGCAUCGCCACUCUGGCCCAGAGCGUGGGCCACAUCAGUGGUGCCCACCUGAACCCAGCUGUCACUCUGGGGCUGCUGCUCAGCUGCCAGAUCAGCAUCCUCCGGGCGGUCAUGUACAUCAUCGCCCAGUGCGUGGGGGCCAUCGUCGCCACCGCCAUCCUCUCGGGCAUCACCUCCUCCCUGUCCGGGAACUCGCUGGGCCGCAAUGACCUGGCUCCUGGUGUGAACUCGGGCCAGGGCCUGGGUAUCGAGAUCAUCGGCACUCUGCAGCUGGUGCUGUGUGUGCUGGCCACCACCGACCGGAGGCGCCGUGACCUUGGCGGCUCAGCUCCCCUUGCCAUUGGCCUCUCUGUAGCCCUGGGACACCUGCUGGCGAUCGACUACACAGGCUGUGGCAUUAAUCCUGCCCGGUCCUUCGGCUCUGCGGUGCUCACCCACAACUUCAGCAACCACUGGAUUUUCUGGGUGGGGCCGUUCAUCGGUGGAGCCCUGGCCGUGCUGAUCUACGACUUCAUCCUGGCCCCACGCAGCAGUGACCUCACAGACCGCAUGAAGGUGUGGACCAGCGGCCAGGUGGAGGAGUAUGACUUGGAUGCUGACGACAUCAACUCCAGGGUGGAGAUGAAGCCCAAAUAGAGAGGGCCUGGUGCAGGCAGGCAUCCGUGUGGGGGUGGGGCAGGGACGGGCAGAGGGAGGGGAGGGCUGAAAUCCAUAUGGUAGACACUCUGACAAGCUGGCCAAAAGUCACUUCCCAAACAUCUGCUAGACCUGCACGGCUAGGCCUCACCUGGGGCAUUUCUAUUUCUUUCUUUCUGUAUUCCUGGCCUCAGAGCUUCCUGGGGACCAGGUUUACCAAUUCACCUACUCCCUUGAUGCCACCGGAGGAGGUGAAAGAGAAGGACUCACCUGCUAGUUGUCCCCUCAGAGUGUGUUGGGAGGUGUGUCAGAAAGGGCCCCCUCAUCCCAAAGCUGCUCACCACUCAGCUGCCGCAGGUGCCUGAGUUUCGGCCAUCAUUGCUUAGUGCCUUGGGUAUGGCCCUGCUUCUUCUACCAUGCACCUUGCCCCCCAGGG